UCAAAGAGAUUUCGAUCGUUUCGUAUAACGAGCUGUUGUUUAUAAGCAGUUCCGCAGAAUUGCCUCAGCUGCCAUCUAGUACAACCCUGACGUUAGCAGUGGAUUGAGAAAGUGUGGUGAUUCUGUUGCUUUUAAUUGGCUUCCGUGCGAGAAGAGAAAUAAUAUAUAUAUCGAAAUGGAAAAACGAAGAAAAAGUGGAGUUUUACCCAGUCUGAAGAUGAAGUGGUGUUCAUGGUGCGCGGUGGUGGGGGUGGCUGUCCUGAGUUCCUGCGUCGGGGCUGAGACGGCUUCU